AUGCCGAGCGCGGCCGCGCGGCGGAGGGAGUCGGGAGCCGCCGGCAGCGGGGCCGUCCCGGAGGGCGGGUGGCCCCUUGAGCGCGACAGAGGGAGGAUGGAGCCAGAAGUGGCUCGGGCUGACACGACGGAGCCGGCGGCGGCCGGGAGAGGGGUGUCCCCCGGAGCCCCCCCGCCGCCUCCGCCGCCGCUGCUGCUGGCGGGGCCGCCGGGCAGAGCGUGCCUCCGGGCAGUGUUGGCGGACUCGCGCUUCUUCCUGGUGUGCAUGUGCUUCCUGACCUUCAUCCAGUCCCUCAUGGUCUCCGGCUACCUGAGCAGCGUCAUCACCACCAUCGAGCGGAGAUACAGCCUGAAGAGCUCGGAGUCGGGGCUGCUGGUCAGCUGCUUCGACAUCGGGAGCCUGGUGGUGGUGGUGUUCAUCAGCUACUUCGGGGGCCGCGGGCGCAGGCCGCUCUGGCUGGCCGUCGGGGGCUUCUUCAUCGCCCUGGGGGCCGCUCUCUUCUCCCUACCUCACUUCAUCUCCCCGCCGUACCAGAUCCAGGAGCUGAACUCCUCCGUCAGCAACGAGGGCUUGUGCGUGACCGGCAACGGCACCGCCAAGGAGCAGUGGGACUCGCCGGCCUGCAUCAAGGAUUCCGGUGGGAACGAUCACUCCCUCUAUGUAGCUUUAUUCAUUUGUGCCCAAAUUCUCAUCGGCAUGGGCUCCACACCCAUCUAUACCUUGGGACCAACCUACCUGGAUGACAAUGUCAAGAAAGAGAACGCCUCGCUUUACCUAGCCAUCAUGUAUGUCAUGGGAGCACUCGGUCCUGCAGCUGGCUACUUACUGGGAGGACUUCUCAUUGGUUUCUAUGUUGAUCCUAGGACAACUGUUUAUAUUGACCAGAAUGAUCCCCGAUUCAUUGGAAACUGGUGGAGUGGAUUUCUUCUUUGUGCCAUUGCAAUGCUCCUUGUGAUAUUUCCAAUGUUUACCUUUCCAAAAAAGCUUCCUCCUCGACAUAAAAAAAAGAAAAAGAAAAAGAAAAUGAACUCUGAUGAUGUUUCAAGUGAUGAUGAAGUCAUGAAAGAGAAAGCAAAUAGCAAAAUACAAGCAGACAGUGCAGUUCCUGCUUCUAUGGGAUUUGGAAAGAAUGUUAAAGAGCUUCCACGGGCAGCUGUCAGGAUCUUAAGCAACAUGACAUUCCUUUUUGUGAGUUUGUCAUACACAGCUGAGAGUGCCAUUGUUACAGCUUUUAUUACCUUCAUUCCCAAGUUCAUCGAGUCACAGUUUGGCAUCCCAGCAUCCAAUGCCAGCAUCUACACUGGUGUAAUAAUUGUUCCAAGUGCUGGUGUUGGUAUUGUCCUAGGUGGCUACAUUAUCAAAAAACUGAAACUUGGUGCAAGAGAGUCUGCAAAGCUGGCCAUGAUCUGCAGUGGUGUGUCUUUGCUGUGUUUUUCAACUCUCUUCAUUGUUGGAUGUGAAAGCAUUAAUCUAGGGGGAAUAAACAUACCUUAUACGACUGGUCCCACUCUUGCCAUGGCCCACAGGAAUCUCACUGGGAGCUGUAAUGUGAACUGUGGAUGUAAAAUUCAUGAGUAUGAGCCUGUCUGUGGAUCAGAUGGAAUAACGUAUUUUAAUCCAUGCCUGGCUGGCUGCAUCAAUGGUGGAAACCAUAGUACAGGGGUAAGAAAUUACACAGAGUGCGCCUGUGUCCAAAGCCGCCAGGUUAUCACCCCGCCGACAGUGGGCCAGCGCAGCCAGCUCCGGCUGGUCAUCGUCAAAACCUACCUGAAUGAGAACGGCUAUGCUGUUUCUGGGAAGUGCGAUCGAACCUGCAACACACUUAUCCCAUUCCUGAUAUUUCUCUUCAUAGUGACCCUUAUAACAGCGUGCGCCCAGCCAUCAGCAAUCAUAGUGACACUCAGGUCUGUGGAAGAUGGGGAACGGCCCUUUGCACUAGGAAUGCAGUUUGUUCUAUUACGAACUCUUGCUUACAUUCCCACUCCAAUUUAUUUUGGGGCUGUUAUUGAUACCACAUGCAUGCUUUGGCAACAGGAUUGUGGCGUACAAGGAUCUUGUUGGGAAUACGAUGUCACCUCAUUUCGUUUUGUCUACUUUGGGUUGGCUGCUGCUCUCAAGUUUGUAGGAUUCUUUUUUAUUUUUCUGGCCUGGUACUCCAUUAAGUGUAAAGAAGAGCAACUACAGAGACAAAGAUGGAGGGCUUCGCCGGUGAACACUGUGAGUGAGAUGGUUGGCCAAGCUGGACUCCAACAAAACUAUGCACGGACUAGAUCCUGCCCUACCUUCAGUUCUCGAGGAGACAUUGGUAUGGCACAAGGAAUGAACUGCAUAGCACAGACAUACCCUGGCCCCUUUUCAGAAGCAAUAAAUUCCUCAAAUGAAAAUGCAUUGGAAGAAGUCACUGCUGAGAUAUAGACCCCUGGCUUGGUAAUGUAAUGUUUAAUUUUGUUGGUUGACUUAAUUAUGGCGCCUUGUAAAACACCUGUGCCUUCUAUUUUUAAUCUAAAUGUAACACAUGGUAAAACCAACAAAGCUUAAUGCAUACAACCAUAGUAUGUUCCUGAGGGCUGGAUACCUCAAACCAACCCAAGUUCUUAAUUCUCCCUUCCUGACAAUGGAGUUUUAAAAAUUGCGUUUGUGAUUAUUUCAGCUGUGUCCAUUAAAUGUCCAUGCCCUAUCUAAUAUCAGUGUAAGGAUGGAGAACAACAGAAGUCAGUGGAAGAGUGACAAAAACUCAUAUUGUUAAUGUCUAGAUGUCACAAAAAUGCUUAAAUGUAUCAUCUUUCACAUCUGCAAGUAAUAUUUUUAAGAGAUGAGUAAUUACUGUGAGUUCUGCUACAAAGCACAACUAAACUCGUUUAAACUAUGCAACUUACUCAGAUAAUUGUAUGUGCAGCAAAUUAUGUAUAAAGUUUGCUUUUAAAGACAUUACUGCAAGUCAAUUUGAAAGGGGCUAUUUUCAGAUAUACAUGUUAAAAUAAAAAAGAACAUAACAUUUAAAGUACUGUUAAUAACAUGUUAAGCCAUACAAAAUUUAUGCAUCAGGUAAUGUUUUGCAAAUGUGGAGACAUAAUAUCUUUGUUCUGUCAAAAUGUGCAUUAAUUUUCAUUUUGUUGGAAGCAGUCAUUCUUCACAAAGUACACAGGCUAGGAGAGUAUAAUGCUUAGAGUAAAAAAAAGCACUUAAGUAUUAAUCUGUGAUAACAUUCAGGUGUAGGAACCAUGUACACAUACCAUGUCAGAUGUUUAUCUGUUAUGAUACAGGUCACCUGGGUGGCCCUUAUUAUUACCAGAUCCAUUUUUUUUCCUGAAAAAGAAAAUAACCAGCUAUGGCUUACAGGAAAUUCUUGGCUGGGCUUCAGGAGUGCAUGCCAGACGAGUUCAGCUUUGGUGAGGGAACCUCUGGGUAGAGCUAAUGGUCUCGUUUUGUUUCUUACUGGCUGUUUGGAGCGAGGGUGGCACAUCUCUCCACAAGACCUAGCAGAGAAGCCUUCAAGUGGACUGUGAGCACGUGGACUGCCCCCAUGCCCAGCGUGAGGCCUUCUUCCCAACUGCUGGCACCUCUGCGGUGCUUCUCCCUGGUGCUUCUGCCCUGGUUCUGCCUCUUCUGUUACCUGCCUUGGAGCAGGCUGCUGGAACCACCUUGGAAGCUGUAGGUGUAUGGAUUGUCCUGCACGUGACCAGCCUUCCUCAGCUUCGUUUAAAGCUUUCUGUGAGGACAAAGGGUGAGUUGGCUCUCCUCCACCCAUUCAGGGAAGAGCUAAGAAUAUAAAUUGUCUGUGAGCAGGGACCCAUGAGAUGUGGCCUUUACUUAUUCCAAACUACUAUGGUGUGUUUUCUCCCCCGCUCUUAGCAUUUCAUAUAUUGCUCUGGAGACUUUGUAGUGCCCUUCUUACGAUGUACUAAUGAUGUCUCAAAGGGCAGGGAACAAUUUCAGUGGACACCAGGAAAUCAAAGCUGUAUUUUGCCCUGCAGGGAAAGCCUUACUAGUUUAGGAAAUUAGAAGCAUUAGAAGAACUCAAUGAUGGGUAGACUUGGAUUUUGCUAUGUGUUUAGCCUGCAUGAAAUCAAACAAGAGAAAGCAGAACAUUGGGAAUGUAAGAAGGAUUUUCUUUCUAGUUUAAUUUUUAAUUUACAGUUUGUAAGAUGAUUAAACAUACAUGGAACUAAGUCCUCUUCCCCUUGAAAUAAAAGGGAAUACUCUCUUUGGCAUCAGGAUUUGCUUCUCCUUUGCUGAUUGCCUUCCAUCAUCUCUUGUCUCUCCUUGACCAGCAUGUGGCUUUAUCCACUGGCUUGGUUCCCCUGCUAGAAAUGUUGACUGCUUAUUUCAGAAUGUCUCAGUCCAUGUAUGUGACUUGUUAUUAAUUCCAUUCUCUGUGGCUGCAAAAUACAGCAUAGAGGAAUAUCAUUAUAAUCACCUUCUGCUUUUCUGUACAUACUAGUAUCUUUUUAGAUUCAAGCCUCAGAAUUUUUUUGUCUUGUGCAGCUGCUGGGAGCGAUAUUUCUGCAGUCAGUUUGUGCCACCUGGGAUUUUAGCUUCUGUACUUCUCAUCCCAAGGAAUACAUUUCCUUGUCUCAGAGGUACUGGGUACAAUUUAUUUUUUUACAUAGGAGAUCAGAAUAGGUGAUAGAAAUGUCUCCUCCUCCUACAGUCUUGAGUGCUUCUUGCAUCAAGAAAUUCAUGUAAUGACAAAAUUUGAGGCAAAGUAGUAGGAUGAAGUGUAAUUGCACCCAUCCACUUUAAUCACUCACCCAUUUUAAUCCGCAUGGGAUGAGGUGAAAAGAGACAAUCUUCAAAUACCUCAGAAACAGAGCAUUUAGGGAAUCAUAAAUGAUAUGAUAAAGAGGCUGGAGAUGAAUCAUCUGUCCUGAUCUACUCUAUUUCAUGCCUUGUGUGCACGUCUUUUCCAUACAAAUAUGGAAUGAGAGCAGCUUAGGCUUGUAGGAUUGUCAGCAGCUAACACUGAUCACAAAGAAUGAGAGUGAUUUAAGUGACACAUCUGCAACUGCUGCAGCUUCUGAGCUGAGCACAAGGGAAUUCAGAGCUUGUCAGAAUUGAGGAUUUCUGUUUUUUAGGAAAUCCUGACACCUCAGCUUCUAAAAGCAUUUUAUUUUUAAUGUCUGAGAAACUGGAACAUAGAAGGGAAGAUAUUCAUUUCAGAAAUACUGAAAAAGCUGUGUUUGUUUACCUUCUUGUAGCUUUUUAAUUUUCAUUUCAAAAUUAUAUACUUCACAAAAGCAACCUAAAUAUCCAAUAGUGUUUUUUUAAUCUAGAUAAUUUUGUCAAUAUAUUUCUACCAAAUCAUUUAAUUAAAUCAACAUCCUCCAAGGGAAAGAAGACACAGCCUCUGGCGAACUUUUGAUUUAUUCCUGAAGAAGACUUUGUUAUGAUUAAGCUGUAACAGUCUAAACUAAGCCAAUAAAGGCACCCAGGGUAAAAACAGUAACUCACCAGAGAAGUCAAUUCCAGCCUUGUCAACAGUGACAGAAAUAUGGACUGAAAUCUGCUGAGCAAACACUAUUUUCUGAGGCUACUAUUGCAGAAGGAAGCAGAGUUGCCAGAGAAGGUGUAUGCAGUGAUCCUAGUCACCAUCAGUGUGUGGUGCUAAACUGUUUCACAGAGGAAAAGCUUUACCUAUUAUCCAGUAAGGGUGAUCAUGCUGUUUUCCUGUCAUGAAACCAUCUGACCAUAAAACGUGAAAUUCCAAAGUCAUCUCGGGUUUAGCUGUUGUAAGUUCUGCCAUCCUCCACUCUCCCUGCAAACAUGGUAGUUUGGUUAGCGGCAAACACAAAAACACGUAAAGCAGGAUUCCUGCCCUCCUGCUCAUCCACACAGUGCUAUUGGUAGAAUAUCAAAGUCUUCUACCUACAGCUAGCCAGCCAGGGAGAGUAGGGAGCAAUGACACCUAGAGUUUAACUGCAAGUCUCCAGAGAGCCAUGAUAUCAUAAGGAGAGUCCAGUGUCCUCUUGCACAAGUUAUGAGGGACAUGAGAGAAGUAGUUCCAGUGCAUAGACAUGACUGAACAGAUCGUCAUUUCUUAUCUAAGGCUUCUCAUUUCUCUGUUUCCUCAAAAAGGGGAAGACUUUAGGAAAAGAGUAUCGAUAGCCUCAGGCAUAUAAGCAUGGCUUAUGAAGCACUUUAUUCAUAUUGAGUGGCUCAUAUAGAUUCCAGUGGAUGUAGAUAUGGCUGGAAUAACUGGAGAGUGAUGCUCCGUAUUUCCAAUACUAGGCAAAGCCCUGCACUCUUUUAGUCCUCUUCUCAUAAGCAUACUGAACGUAAUAUGGUAUAAUUUGGAACUGGUGGCAUUUUAUUAUAUUUUCAGUACAGUAUAAGCAACUACAAAAAAUAAGUUAAAUAUUCUGAUGCAAUUUAAUUGAAAGCUUUUGAUUCUUUGUCUAGUCACUGUAUCUUAAAAAAUGCAUGUAAUAAUUUGCUGUUUGUCAGAACAUGCAGCUAAGUGAAUUAGGGUACAAAUCUCCUUGCAGGAGUUAGAAAUAUAAGUUUGAAAGCCCUUAAAUUAAUCAGAAACACUUGAGCAUAGUGUUUUCAAAAAUAUGUUUGCUUUUUAAAAAAAAUAGGUCAUAAAUUCAUAACAUAACCAUUCAUUAUGGCUCUGAUCCAGCAGAACACUUAAAUACAUGUCUAAAUUUAUAUACUUAAGUGAUGCACUUAAAAAUAAUGUGUGUAUAUAGGCACUGGACUGAAUCCCAUGUGCAUUCAGAAAGAAGUUCCUUUACCCAAGGAGUAAUUUCCAUGCUGAGAUGUUUUUUACCCAUGGAUUCAAUGAUAAUCACCAGAAGAGCACAGAAUGGCAGUCAAGUACUUCCCCAUGGCAUUCACAUGUGGCUACUUCUAUAUCUGGCAAUGGAGGAAUGCUUUUUUUUUAAAAAAUAAAUGACAGUUCCAUGUAGCAACGCUUAGCAUUACAAACUGUAAAAUUUUUACUAGAAUUCUUUACUAGAAUUCUUAGUUCUGGGUUAAGGUGUGAUUGCAUAGUGAGGAACAUUACUGCCUAGAGAAGCAGAGGGCAUUCCAAGCAGGUAUACAGUAGGCAGUAGUUGUCUAGCUCCAGAACAAGAGUCAUCUCAUCACCCUGGCUGAUGGCACCCAGUAUCACCUCAUCCAGCCAGAGAUGGUGGGUGUCUGAUCAUCUCAGAUAAUGGUUGCUUCCAUAUUGAAAAUAUUUUGUGAACUUGCUCAAAUAUAUAUUCUAUAUUUAGUUCCUAAAGCACACCAUUCACAUAUUUUACAGAUUAUCAGCUGAAAAUUUAGAUAUUUUGUGUGGAUACAGAAUAAAUAAGGGCAUAUUUCUGACCUUAAAGCCGAUGAAAUCACUUGUAAUGCUGUAGGUUUGGACAGUGCCCUUUCACAGGAUUUGAACACAGAGGUUUGAAUGACACAUUAGAACCUCAUUACUGUAGUUCCAACUGGGUUGGAACUACAUGAUCCUUGGGUCCCUUCCAACCCGGGUGAUUCUGUGAUUCUGUGAUACUGUAUGGAACUCCAGUGAGCAUGACUGGGGAGAAGGGUCAGCACCUUCUGUACUAUUCUUGCAGGUUCUUCCCGAAUUGGCUGAAUUUUUGCUGCCUUACUGUUCUUUCUGUGUGAAUAAUACCACCGCACUUCAUGACAUAAAACUGAUAAAUAGGUCCAAAGUGUCUUAUUGCUAUUUUGGAGCCAGAUUCUCAGCCUCAACAUUCUGAUAAUGAGGCUGAAGAACUGGGCCUGUCCCUUAUGUUGGACAUUAACAUGCUGACACAGUAGUGAGUACAGGUGACAUAAAGUGCUUGUUUAGCUUUUAUACUCUGGUCACUGGUUAGUAUUACUGUUUUCAUGGAUCAAAGACGAAAUAUUCCCUUAACAAGUUUAUCUUUGUUUUUUUUCCCCCUCAGUAAUCUCUCUUUCAUAACAGCGUAUGAAAUGUCAUGCUGCACUAUCUGUGUACCACAGCUGAAGCCAUCCAGCUGUGACUGCUUUCCAGGGGUUUAAAACACCUAGAAACAGAAUUACAGCAGUCUGAAUUGGCAGAGCUUUGAACAGUGCGUGCUGGUUGUAAAUUAAACCCAUGCUAAUACAUUUCAGGUUCUUCUCUUGCUGGACUUGAUUUUUGAGAUAUUUUUAUCCUUUAGAGCGUUUAGAAGAUGGACAGUUGGUGUCAUGAUGGUAGAUUAAUUAUUUGGUAUAGAAUUAGGGUUUUUAUUUAUCUUUUUCUUACACAACUUUUUUAUGUCUAAUAAUUGAAAAAAGGUUAUUAUGUAGACAUUUUCACUGAGUUGAAAUGGGAAGCCUUCAGUGUGGGGACGGGUUAUGACCAGAAUUCACUUGAUUCUUCUUCCUUAUUUUGUUACGAAUACAUGUUAUUACACUAAUAUAUGCUAUUAUGUGGCCAAAGCUUUGAAAGUGUACCUGGUCCUCAGGAAGGAAAUUGUCCCUAUCCUUUCCACACAGUGUGUAAUAUAAAGUAAGGGUGACAGCUAGCAAGAUCCAUAUCCAAUAUCCAUACCCACAUGUAUUUAAUACCUGUAGUUUUUAGCAUAAGUUCUCGAGUGUCCUGUGCUUCAGAUAAGCUCCUGUAACUUAAUCCAGCCAUUCAGCACAGGUCUAGCUCUGCAAGUUCAAAGUAAGUAGGCCACUCUAAAAGUCAUGCCUCCUAUUUGUUUCCAUGGAAAUUAUAACAGAUACAAAAUGUAAAACACUAUUUUCAGCAGUCAGCACCAUUAGUUAUGCGAUUUCAUCAGUGAUGAGCAAGAACCUUCAUGCCAUGCUCGUAAUAACCUGCACCAGCAGAGACAACCACUGUGGUGAUCAGCAAGGCUGCAAUGUACCACCUGCCACUUCACUGUGCUCUCAUCCUGUGUUUGGUCUCCAUAAAUGUUCAGUAAGCAUUGAUCAACGUCAGUGGGUGCCAUUUUUUCCACAUGAAUAAGAUUUCAUACUAUUGUUCCAUACACACUGCCAUGUCAGACACUGCUGUGUCAGACUGCCCCUCUGCUGCCAUUUGUCACACAGCAACAACAUGUAAAGAAAUACUGGUGGCAAGGUUUGACUUCUGCUGCUUCAUACCACCAAUAUCAACCUCUGACAUCAAUAUAAUAAAAUAAGAGGCAUUACUUUUGAAGCAGCCUUCAUAGCUCCAAUCUUUGCUUUUUUUUUUUUUAAUUAUAAAAUAGAAUAAAUGCUUAUUUGCUCACGUUCUAUUUUACUCUUCUCCAUUUCCUUAAGUUUUCUAUUUCAAGUUAGCUGUCACAAUGUUAUCCUGUAACAGAAUUUUAUUCAUGAUAUAGAAUAGCUGAAAAGCUGUGGAAAUUUAUGAAGGGCUACAAAAAGCAUUCAAGGUAUUGUUCAGCUCAAGGAAGAGUAACCUUGAUAAUCUUUGGACAAAAGGCUAAACAACAUUAUGGUGCUAAUAGCUAGUAAAUAGCUAUUAUGAUGUAUUCACUAUGACUUCAAUGAUGCAUGCCAAUGAUACAACAGCAUGUGUUUUUGUUCUUAAAGUCUGGAGUUCCUCCAGCAAAGUUGGUGUUCAUAGUUCCUAGUGAGCCAAUUCCUGUCUAGCUCUUCUGUGCUUUCAGGAGGGCGUAUAGGAUUUGGCUCAGCACUAGCAGCUAAAGUACAAGUUACAUAGACCAUGCAAAUCUCCUAUAGGAUUUAUUUAUCUUUUUGUAGAAUGUUACUUUCUUUGGUGGCUUUGCUUAAGCAGAGACUGAAAAUAAAUUCUGUAGGAAUGGCAGGAAGUGAUGGCACCUCUUACCAAGCAACAUUAGUAAGAGUUUGAAUUAAAUUGAGGAUUCAGAUCUGAGAUAUUAAUGUUCUUUCAUGAAAUAUCAGAAAGGGGGGUAGAAUCGGAACAAGUUCUAGCUCCAAUAAGUGGAAAAAGCCAAAUCUCACCAACUUUCAAGAAAGCUAGAAUGCACAACUGAGAUUUUUGGUGUUUGAGUCCUUAAGACAACAUUUUGCCUUUCCAGUUGAAAUUGAAAGAUAAUUCUUUUAUGUUAUUGUACCUAGACUGCUUACUGAGAGGAGGCAUGUGUAUCCUACAUGACAUGAUGUGGUACGCCUCAGAAAUUUUACCUCUUUAACAAAGGUACAUUUGAGAACACGAGGGGAGAUGUGGAUGCAAAAAGUUGGACAAAAUACUUCAAAACUGUUUCUGUAAAAAGAACAACAAAAACGAAUGUGGAGUCACUGUGAUCCAUGUGACAGUGAAGGCUUUCCUUCUAACAGACUGGCUCUGUUCCCCACUUGAGCAAAUGGGAGUUUUGCCUUCGGCUGCUGUGCUUACCUCUACCAAAUGAUUUAAGCAGCAAGAAAUUAAUCUGGGUAGCACGGCAGGAGAAUGGAGUGGGCACACUGCCUGCAACUGGUCCGUUUUUAAAAAAAAAACUCAUUAUUAAGCAAACGUGUAGAGUGUUAAGGAGAUUUGUAGAGUAUGUCUGACUGUAUGAGUGUGUGGGUGCUGUGCUGUGGUAAAAAGAGACUAAUUGGUUUAUGCUUUUUUUUUUUUUUGCGUACUUUAGGGAUUUUUAAUUGAUAUUUAUUUCUCAGCAGAGCUUAGGAUAAUUUUGAAGCUGUGUAACACAUUGUUUCAUGGAAUCUAUUGUCGGCAUCUGUUGUAAACAUGUGUUUACGAAACAAACUCUUGAAUACUUGAUAUUGGAAAAUAAAAAGUAGCAUAUCAAGUGUGUUUUAUUUCUGAUGAGGAAAAAAAAAAAAAAGAAAAACUCCAAAAGUUCCUGGAUCAUUGUGCGGUCAGUCUGGAUCAGGUGAUGAUGUAUUCCAUUUUUUAAUGCUCAGUUAGACAAAACCAAAUCUUUCCACUGAAUUCGGUGAGCACUGAAUCACAGAGAGGUAUUGAUUGUGUAGAAAUAAACUGUAAAAUUUCAUCA